AAGACAUCUCAAAGGAACAGCUCAGCUCUGUUGACAUUCAGCUUUGGACACGUUGAAGUCAACAGCAGUGGAGAGUCUGUGCUGCAGAACGUUUCAAAGGCAAGAUGGACAUGCCAGAUGAUUACUACGUGGACUUUGCCAACUACAGCUCUUAUGACGGCGAGGAAAAUUAUACUACAUCGACGGAAGCAGUUUUUCGCCACAAAUCAACAUGUUUAAGUGAAGUCUUGUGUGUGCUUUUACUUGUAAUCACUGUGGUCAUUUUUCUGCUGGGCUUUUUUGGGAACGCUUUGGUCAUCUGGAUCUCUGGCUUCAAGAUGAAGAAGACGGUCAACACCACCUGGUACCUGAGCCUGGCGAUCUCUGACUUUGUCUUCUGCGCCUUCCUCCCACUAAGCAUCACCAACACGGCGAUGGAAGAGUGGAUCUUUGGCCGCUUCAUGUGCAAGUUUGCCCCUUCUGUGAUGUUCCUCAACAUGUUCAGCAGCAUCUUCCUCCUCGUCAUCAUCAGCGUGGACCGCUGUGUUUCCGUCGUGUUUCCCGUCUGGGCCCAGAACCAGCGCACAGUUCAAAAGGCCUCAGUUGUGGUCGCCCUGGCCUGGCUUUUCGCCAUUGGACUGAGCAUUCCCUCUGCGAUCUUUCGGGAUGUUGGCAGCCACCUUGGUAGGACCAUUUGCUUCAACAACUACACAAUAAUUCAACACAGUCACAAGAUAGUCGCACUGAGCCGCUUCUUUGCAGGCUUCGUCGUCCCCUUCGUCAUCAUUUCCAUCUGCUACUCCAUCAUCUUCCUCAAACUUCAAACCAACAGGAUGACAAAAUCCUCUAAACCCUUCAAAGUGAUGAGUGCGCUCAUUGCUGCUUUCUUCAUCUGCUGGCUGCCCUACCACGUCUUCGUCCUCCUCGAGCUGAACCACCAAAACUACGACCACAGCGUGUUGACCGCAGGACUCAAAGUAGGCACUUCUAUGGCAGCGGCAAACAGUUUCCUCAACCCUGUGCUGUAUGUCUUCAUGGGCAACGACUUCAAGCAGAAGUUCAAGAGCUCAGUGCUGUCAAAGAUGGAGAACGCAAUGGCGGAUGAAGGCCGCACCACCAGCCGGUACCUGUCCAGGUCCAGCUCCAUGGACGGCAGAGCUUCUACACACAUAUAGAGGUGCAGACGCUACUCGAAAACUGUUUCACAAAGUGCGCUCACUGGAAAAACCAAAAUACACCAAGUAUGCAAUAAAUAAUACAAGAUAUGAGAUAUGUGUUUUUGCUUGUAAAAAAAAAAAUCCAUAAAUGAAAUUUGUAUAGAUUUUGCUGUAAAAUGAUCCACAAGCUUUAGUCUCAAAAACACAUAAUGUGGCUGAAAAACACGAGCCAGUAUGUAAAUGUGUCUCACACCAGAGAGUGGGUGACAUCCGUCUCAGUUGUAAAAUAAAAGGUUUGUAAAAUACAAGACAUAUUUUUCUGAUAAUAAAUGCACAAAAUGUAUUGUUGCUAUAUUAAGUGUUGUAUAAAAAUAUAUUCCUUGGACACUUUCACAAAAGCAAUUUCUGUGUAUUUGCGAUCAUGCGUGGUGGCAGCAUCACAUUUCACAAACAAUUUGUUGCUUGCUUGAAGACAAAUGUGCAAAUGUGAGUCUUGCAGGGCUUGUGCAUUCUCAUGCAUAGAUUACGAGUCUGGUGUUUGUUUCGUCUGUGAAACACAUGUAGGAAGAGAGGAAAUAUUCUAAUGUUGAAAUUUAGUAGAACAAGCUGGAGGCUUUUUUUGCAAGGAGAUUGUAAAUGUGAAUAUUUGCUUAUUUGGGUAGAAAUGAUUGCUGUAAAAUGUUCAUUUGCUUUCUUGACUUCUUAAGUAAACUGAUAAACACAACAAUACACAAAUGGAAAUAAACCAAGGAUAACAUGCUCAAUGAGAAGCCUCACUAUUUCGUUGUUGUUCAUCUAAUACCUCAAAAAGCCCCAUGCCCGAAAAGGGAUGUUCUGUGGUUUUGUUUGUGUUGCAACUUCUAUGUAAAUCCGACUCCGUGGAAGUUUACUGUGGGCGUUUUUACGCCUCCGUCACCCCUCUGCUUACUCUGGUCAGUUUUGGUCUGUUGUUUAUCUCACUAGCAACUAUAUAACCAGUUGUUAUUAACAAACACUGUUGACGAAUAGACGUGCAAUUUUGUAAUUUCAUGUAUGAAGGUUGUAAAUGUGGUCUGUGCAAUAAAUGUUUGAAUGAUA